AUGAAGCACGCCAACGUCAAAGGACUUGUGGCCAGCAUUGUCAUCGGGGUUAUCUACAACAUCAUGGUGAUGAAGCUGGCCCUGAAAACUGGCCUAGUCCCAAAUUUCAACAUUUGUGCUGCCCUGGUUGGCUUUGUGUUUGUCAAGACAUGGACCAUGCUAUUGGCAAAAACUAGGUUUGUCUCCAAACCCUUCAUCAAACAAGAGAACACCUUGAUUCAGACGUGUGUUGUAGCUUGUUAUAGCUUGGCUUUUGCAUGUUAG